UAUGCUUCAUCUUAUCUGUGGGCUGUGGGCUGCUGUAACGUGUUUGUAAUGGCGGAUUGUGAUUGUUUGUAGAAUUUAACGUUUUAUAUUGAAGAAUAGUUGCUUACUUGUUUGUCCUUGCGAUUUAUUUACUACAAUGUCUGAUACUAGUGAUCUCGACCGCCAAAUCGAGCAGCUUAAGCGCUGCGAGAUAAUAAUGGAAGCCGAGGUUAAAGCCCUUUGCGCAAAGGCGCGCGAAAUACUAGUAGAAGAAAGCAACGUCCAGCGAGUGGAUUCCCCUGUUACAGUGUGUGGAGACAUUCAUGGUCAGUUUUAUGACCUGAAAGAAUUAUUUAAAGUAGGAGGAGAUGUUCCAGAGACCAAUUAUCUUUUUAUGGGGGACUUUGUGGACAGAGGGUUUUACUCUGUUGAAACUUUCUUACUAUUACUAGCACUGAAGGUGAGAUAUCCUGACCGCAUCACACUUAUCAGAGGGAACCAUGAGUCCAGACAGAUCACACAGGUGUAUGGGUUCUAUGAUGAAUGUUUGCGGAAAUAUGGAUCUAUUACAGUUUGGAGGUACUGCACAGAGAUAUUUGACUACCUAUCACUCUCGGCCAUCAUAGACGGGCGGAUAUUCUGCGUGCACGGCGGGCUGAGUCCGUCCAUACAGACGCUGGACCAGAUCCGCACCAUCGACCGCAAGCAGGAGGUACCCCACGACGGGCCCAUGUGCGACCUGCUGUGGAGCGACCCUGAAGACACACAAGGCUGGGGCGUAUCGCCUCGCGGCGCAGGCUACCUGUUCGGCUCGGACGUGGUGGCGCAGUUCAACGUCUCCAACGACAUAGACAUGAUCUGCCGCGCGCACCAGCUCGUCAUGGAGGGCUACAAGUGGCACUUCAACGAGACCGUGCUCACCGUGUGGUCGGCGCCUAACUACUGCUACAGGUGCGGAAACGUAGCUGCUAUAUUAGAAUUGAACGAAAACCUUCAGCGAGAGUUCACAAUAUUCGAGGCGGCGCCGCAGGAGUCUCGGGGCGUGCCGUCCAAGAAGCCCCAGGCCGACUACUUCUUAUAAUGUCGCUUACGAUAGACAAUCAAACAUCUCGGUCUAGUAUUACGGUUUUAUUGUAGUGACAAACAUUUAAUGUGGACAUAAUUUAAUUGUGAUUUUAAGACUGGUAAGUGUAGCAAGUCAGUAAACCAAGUAACUAGGACACUAGUUGAGUACGGCAGACCAGUUCAUACUUGACGCGGCGAAUGAUGAUCCCAGUUGUCCCUACUCGCCUUUAUGGCUCCUCUACACGAUGGGCCAACGCCGGCCAAUCCAAGGGACGCAGCCAUGCGGUAGAAUGAGAUAGCAAUAAGCCAACCGGCACCAAUACCCCCUCUACACGUUAUCCCAACAUAUUGGACCAAUAGGUUGGGCCAACGUGUAUAGGAGCCAUUAGAUAACCUUAAUUUAAAAAAAAAUUAAGAAAUAGGUUUUUACCAUAUUUUUAUUACACAAUUGUUUCAUUAUUAAAUAAAAAAAAUGUGUUAAAGUAGCAAAAAACAUUUUGACAUUAACAGUUACUCCAUACAAAAAUGAACUGUCAUAGGUAUCAUACGCCGCGUCAAGUAUAGUGUCAUUAUGUUUAUCCGUUAU